GGCGGCGACGGUGCCGCAGCGAGGGCGGGGGUCGCCAUGAGCCUGAUGCUGGAGACGCUGCUGGGCCCCCCGGGGGGGCUCCGCAAGGAGCCGGGCCGCGCUCCCCCGCGCUCCGCCGCCUCCAGCGGCUUCCACUCGUGGCCGGGACCGGUGGUGGGGCGGGCUCGGGCCGGGGGCGGCGGCGGCAGCGCGGCCGCUUCCUCCACCGAGAGCCUGGACUCGCUGAACGGCGAACCGCGGGCGCGGAACGAGAAGGAGCUGCUGCAGGUGCUGAACGAUCGCUUCGCCGGUUACAUCGAGCGGGUGCGGGCGCUGGAGCAGCAGAACCGGGCGCUGGCGGCGGAGGCGGCGGCUCUGCGGCAGCAGCAGGCGGGACGCUCGGCCAUGGGCGAGCUGUACGCGCGGGAGCUGCGCGACAUGCGGGGAACCCUCCUGCGCCUGGGGGCCGAGAAGGGGCAACUGCGGCUGGAGCGGUCGCGCCUGGCCGAGGACGUGGCCGCCUUGCGGGGGCGGCUGGAGGAGGAGGCCCGGCAGCGAACCGAGCUGGAGGCGGCGGCCCGCGGGCUGGCCCAACGCUCCGCGCAGGCGGAACGGGCUCGGGGCCCCUUAGAGGAGCGAGCCCGAGCCCUGCGGGAGGAGGCCGAGCUGCUGCGGAGGCAGCACCGGGCCGAGGUGGGCGCGUUGCUGCGCGGGGCCCGCCCCGAGCCCCCCGCCGAGCCCCCCGCCGCCCUGCGGCCCGGGGUCACCGCCGCCCUCCGCGAUCUGCGCGCCCAGCUGGAGGGGACGGCGGCCCGCAGCACCCUGCAGGCCGAAGAGUGGUUCCGCGUGAGGCUGGACAAGCUCUCGGAGGUUGCCAAGGUGAACACGGAUGCCAUCCGCUUGGCUCAGGAGGAGAUCUGCGAGUACCGCCGCCAGCUCCAGUCCAAGACCACCGAGCUCGAAGCCCUCAAAGGGACCCAGGAGUCACUGGAGAGGCAGAGACAGGACUCGGAGGAACGCCAUCAUGCAGAUGUCCUGUCCUACCAGGAAACCAUCCAGCAGCUUGACAGCGAGCUGAGGAACACCAAGUGGGAGAUGGCAGCUCAGCUCAGGGAGUACCAGGAUCUGCUCAAUGUCAAAAUGGCUCUGGACAUUGAAAUUGCUGCCUAUAGAAAGCUCUUGGAAGGGGAGGAAUAUCGGAUCGAGUCUGGCUUUGGGAUGGUCUCUUUCCCCGAGGUGGUUCCCAAGGCUCCCAGCAUCACUGCCAACAUCAAGGUGAAGAGUGAGGAGAAGAUCAAGGUAGUGGAAAAAUCUGAGAAGGAGACGGUGAUUGUGGAGGAGCAGACAGAGGAAAUCCAGGUGACUGAGGAGGUCACAGAGGAGGAGGAGGCAGCUGAGAAAGAGGCUGAAGAGGAGAAAGCUGAAGAGAAGGAGGAAGAAGAAGAGGAGAAACCUGAAGCAGAGGGUGAAGGGGAGGCCAAGUCUCCUGCAAAAGAGGAGGCCAAGUCCCCAGAGAAACCUGAGUCUCCCUCAAAGGAGGAGGCCAAGAGCCCGGCUGUCAAGUCCCCAGAAAAACCUGCAACCCCCUCAAAGGAAGAGGCCAAGAGCCCGGCUGUCAAAUCCCCAGAAAAGCCUGCAACCCCCUCGAAAGAGGAGGCCAAGAGCCCGGCUGUCAAAUCCCCAGAAAAGCCUGCAACCCCCUCGAAAGAGGAGGCCAAGAGCCCGGCUGUCAAAUCCCCAGAAAAGCCUGCACCCCCCUCGAAAGAGGAGGCCAAGAGCCCGGCUGUCAAAUCCCCAGAAAAGCCUGCACCCCCCUCAAAAGAGGAGGCCAAGAGCCCGGCUGUCAAAUCCCCAGAAAAGCCUGCACCCCCCUCGAAAGAGGAGGCCAAGAGCCCGGCUGUCAAAUCCCCAGAAAAGCCUGCAACCCCCUCGAAAGAAGAGGCCAAGAGCCCGGCUGUCAAAUCCCCAGAAAAGCCUGCACCCCCCUCGAAAGAGGAGGCCAAGAGCCCGGCUGUCAAAUCCCCAGAAAAGCCUGCAACCCCCUCGAAAGAAGAGGCCAAGAGCCCGGCUGUCAAAUCCCCAGAAAAGCCUGCAACCCCCUCGAAAGAAGAGGCCAAGAGCCCGGCUGUCAAAUCCCCAGAAAAGCCUGCAACCCCCUCAAAGGAAGAGGCCAAGAGCCCUGUGGUGAAGUCCCCAGAGAAACCCGCACCCCCCUCAAAAGAGGAGGCCAAGACCCCAGCGAUGAAGUCCCCAGAGAAACCUGCACCCCCAUCAAAGGAGGAGGCCAAGACCCCGACAGUGAAGUCCCCUGAGAAACCCUCACCCCCCUCGAAAGAGGAGGCCAAGACUGCAGCUGUCAAAUCCCCAGAGAAACCUACACCCCCCUCAAAGGAGGAGGCCAAGACCCCAGCUGUGAAGUCCCCCGAGAAAGUCAAAUCUCCUGUGAAGGAGGAGGCCAAGUCUCCGCAGAAGGAAGUGGCCCCGGCCAAGGAGCCCACCCCCUCGCCUCCAAAGGAGCCGAAAGCCCCUGCAAAGGAAGAGCAGCCCAAGGAGGUGAAGGCUCCUUCCAAGCCUGGAGCUGAGGAGGGCAGGAAAGAGGAAGCUCCCAAGAAAGAUGUCCCAGCCAAGGUGGAGGAGAAGCCCAAAGAGAAGGCGGCUGCUGUGCCAGAGCCUCCGGCCCCACAGGUGAAGGAGACCACCAAGCCGGGCCCCAAACCUGCGGAAGAAGGAAAGGCUGAGAAGAAGGCUCUGCCAAAACCUCAGCAGGAGGUCAGCAAAGCGGCUGCAAAGGAGGCUGAGAAGCCAAAGGCUGAGGAGAAGGCGGAGGAGCCCAAGAAGGAGAAGGCGGAGGAGCCCAAGAAGGAGAAGGCUGAGGAGAAGGCGGAGGAGCCCAAGAAGGAGAAGGCAGAGGAGCCCAAGAAGGAGAAGGCAGAGGAGCCCAAAGCUAAAGCAAAACCCAAAGAUGAACCCAAAGCCAGUAAAGAGCCCCCCAAGGCCGAGGCCCCCUCCAGCAAGGAGGCCAAAGCCCCAGAGCCGGCACCCACCACAGGGAAGAAGUGAGCGGAGCCCUGGGUGCCGAAGAGCACUUCUGGGUGCGGGAGCUGCUCCGCUCCCCUUCCACAGCUGGACCCGGCGUGGGGACCCCUCGCCAGGCCGGGCUUUACCUUAGCAAUAUGUCUGUGUGAGAGAUGCAGCCCCUCGCUGCCCUGCCCCGGCGGUUUGGCCGAUAGCUUCCCUAGCAGAAUGUGAUAUAUGCCGAGCGCCACAUUUAAACACUUGAAUUAUAACCGAGGAGAAGAGACCCCAGGGGAACCGACCGCCCUUCUCCAAUAAGUGCAUUUAUUUAAUGUAUGUGCAAUCGAUGGAUGAGUGCAACGCAGAGCUCUAGCUGCUUGGGAGGGGGGUUGGCGGGGUCCUCGGGGUCCUUCCCUGGCCUGGGGGUGACGACUGGCCCUCUGAGCGGUGACCCAGGCUGCAGCUGGCUUUGGUGGGAGAGGCUGGGCACUGCAGGGAUGCUCACAGACACACGGUGCACUAGGAUCCUCAACCCACUGUUAUUUGCUUUCUGUGCAAUAACCAAAUAAAGUGCUUACAGAGACA